CCUAAACUAUAACAACCUAAUAUUAAUUUUAAAGCAUGUCUAUUAUUUUAAGUAGUUUAAUCACAGUAGUGCAGGAAUAACAAAUCUGUAAAUAAAUAAAUCCUCCAUCCUUAAUGUUUGAGCAUAUCGCUCAUAUUUUAAAUUACUCUAAGCGGUGUCUAAUAAAACUAACAACUUUAUUUUAUCCUGUGGAGGGCUUCAUCUCUAAUUUCAUAAAAUAGAUUUUUUUUAAAUUGAAUUGAAUAUAGUUUGUAUGUUCGCUGGCUGCUGUACUGACAUUGAGUAUCUUGUUGAGCCUCUGCCAACAUCAUCGAGGCGAGAAUCUGAGGUGUGCAGCUAGACACGGACCACCGGCGCUCACCAGAGAGAAUGAGUAAAUAAAACUCUGGCACACAUCCCAAGGGUAAAAGAGGACAUUGUGUAUCAUGCUGUUCUGUUAACACUCACAAAAACUUUCACAAUUAGACAUUUUAUCUCUGGACAAAACAGAAAUAGAUCACUGUAAUGGUUUUAUUUCAGAACAUAAGUUGCAAACAUGUAAAAAACUAACUUCCCAGUAGGAGCUUUGGCAUAAAAUCCCCACAUAUAGAAACCUGAAAGUUUGCUCCAGUUCAAAGGUGUUUCUCACUUCCACUUUUCUCAACUCUUCCAGUUUUUAUCUGCAGUUUAGGAAAAAGAAAUCUCAGCAGGCACUAAACUUUUGCUUUCUGUAUCAAACAUCGAGUGACUCCUCCACAUCUUUGUGUGAGUCCUGCAGAGAGAACUUUCUGCUCUUUUCUGUCCUCGUGCUCUGAUCGGCAGGAGGCACCUUGUUCCUUUAUGAGCACCUAAAGGUCAGACCCUGAUGUAGGCGCUCAGCGCUGAGAAUCAACAGUUGUGCCAGUUUAAAAGGACAUCAGAGCUUCUGCCCUACAGCCCUGCUUUAGGCAAGAUUAAGACGUGGGAUUGGUUUGUACCAAACAACUUUCUGUGUUCCUUUUUCUCUUUAGGUGUUUGCAUGUGUGUGCUUGUGUCUGGUAACACGAGGGUGUGUGUAAGGAUUCCUGACAUGACUAAUCAGCUAUUAUUGUUUGGAAACGUUCAGUUUUUGUUGUAACCGUUUCCCAGAUGGAGGCUUAACUCAUCUCUGGAGGUUGUUUUUGUGCUGUGUUUGGAGGCGACAUGGCUUCAGGUGGAGCGGAGAGAGACGACGGAGGAAUUUCGAUGGACAUCGACGAUGUGCACAUGCUCCUCCAAGUGGAGCAUGAGCAGAUUCAGAGAAGGACUUUCACCAACUGGAUAAAUGCUCAGCUUGCAAAGAGAUGCCCUCCUUCAUACGUGUCGGACUUGUUUUUGGACCUCCGAGACGGUUUGCUGCUGCUGGACCUGUUAGAGGUGAUGAGCGGCCAAUCGAUGAAAAGACAGAGGGGCCGAGGGCUUUUUCAGCAGAGGGCGAACAUCGAGGCAGCACUGGACUUUCUCAAGAAAAAAUCUAUCAAACUGGUGAACAUAAACAUCCCAGACAUCAUAGACGGUCGGCCGUCCAUCAUUCUGGGCCUCAUAUGGACCAUCAUUCUCCAUUGUCACAUUGAGGAGCUAGCCAGCGUGCUCUCCUUCAGCUCCCAUCAUUCCUCUCUGGACUCGCUGGCUAGCCUGGACUCCUCCAGCAGCCCCAUUCCAACCAGUCCAGCGCCGGCUUCACCGCUUUACAGACGCUUUCGCAUUUCUGCCAAGAAGACGCUGCUCAUGUGGGUCAGAGACCAAUGCCAAAAGGUUAAUUGCUCUGUCAGUGUGAAGGACUUCAAGUCAAGCUGGAGAAGUGGAGAGGCCUUCUUGGCCAUCCUGUGUUCCCUCAGACCCGAUCUGGUGGAUCUCUCACUGGUCCAGUCCAGAAGCAAUCAGGAGAACCUGGAGGAAGCGUUUCACUUGGCUGAGAAGGAACUCCGCAUCCCCCGCCUGCUGGAUCCUCAAGAUGUGGAUGUUAAAGAUCCAGAUGAGAAGUCCGUUAUGACCUAUGUGGCCCAGUUUCUACAGUAUUCCAAUGACAUGCCAGCACCGGAUGACCGCCUGCAGCUGCUUCCUGUGGUUCAGCCCUCUGUUUCCUCACCUGCACGCUUCAAUCCAGCUCCAUCUGUCUCGCCGCUACACCAGAUGCUGACCUCUGGAGGGUUGCUGCUCAUGCAUAAGGUUGUGACUGAGUGGCAGGAUCUCCAGGACUUUGAUGCAGAACAUCAGAAGAAGUCUCCUCUGCAGCAUCUCAGCACGUCGUGCACGCAGGGCAGGACCUCCGCUGCCCUCAUGCAUAGCCAGGGAAUUAUUAGGAGGUUUACUCCCCAAACUCAGGGAUGUUCCGAAGAGCGGCAGCCAUUUGAAACUGCCUCUCAGGCACACAUAGGUCUAGAUACAGGAUGUUUUGUUCUGGCCAGAACCAAAUAUGUGGACCAGAUUGGAAAUGUUAGCCUGCAGGAUCCUACAAAGCUGCACACAAUCACAGAGGAUAGACAAGCCAUUGUUGCACCCCCCGCAGCGAGUCGCUUUCAACCUGUAGCCCAAACUGAACGAGAAGCGGAAUCUGAGACGAUUUCUAAACCUCAAGCUUCAACUCAUCAUCCUCCUAAAAGCCCCUCGGUUUUUGGAUCAACGUCUCUAGAGAGUCUAGUCGUGUCUGCACCGUCAGCUGGUUUAUCAGCCCUGCACGCUCAAAAUAUCAGACACGAGUUCAGAGCAGCAGAACUGAAAACUUCUCAGCGCCCUGCUGCUCCACGGCCACCGGUCGUGAUCCAGAGUGAAGUCCAGUCAAAGGCCCGGUCCAUGGCGAGGAGCAGACUGGAGAAGAGCCGGCUUCAUCUGCAGAGACGCAUCCAGCAGGCCACGAGGUUGUUCGGUGGCAAAGAGUUGACCGAGUCACAAGUCAAGAAGAAGCAGAAAGCUCUAAAACUUCUGCAGCCUGCCUCGCUCGCAGAGUUCCUGAGUGCAGUGGAAGCUUUUGGGGCUUUCUGCUCAGGACCUCAGCUGCAGGACUUGAUGCUCGUCUCUGACUCAGUCCGAACCCAGUGGGAGGACGUGUGCAGAGAAAUGGCUGCCUUUGUUCACAGCAUCAAGUCUAAAGUCAGAGAAGAAAAGCAGCCAUUUUCUGUUUUGCAAUGUGAAAGGUUUACUAACGCUGACCAGACUGACCAUGAGCAGCAGCAGAUUGCCGCCCAGGGGUCUUCACCUGCUGAGGAACCUUUUGAAUCUCUCAGAGAUAAGAGUGGAACGUUGACAUCAAGCAGACCUUCUAGCCUUGCAACAGAAGGCAGGAGACGGCAGCUUGAGGUAAACACCCCGCUGAGUCCGGCUGACCCGUCUGCAGAAGCGCAGCCGACCGACGGUCUGAAACCAAACAGGGAUGGAGCAGGGCGACGUGUCCCACCCGUGGAGGAGGCUGUCCAUGUCCACCGUAAAGACCACAUCCUCAAAGGAGGCCAGGGCCCCCUGCAGCAGAGUGGAGGCUCGUUUCUGUGGGAGGAAACGCAGAAACUUUCUGUUGGAGGCAAAGAGCAGCUGCUGAAAGCUCAGCUGCUGCACGCCACAGAGAGCAGCCGGGAAGCACAGACUCACAUCCAGGCUGUCGUCAGGAGCAACAGUGUGGAGGGCAAACGGGAAGCAGAAUGGACCGUGAUCUCGGAGUCAGCCGUCCCACCACAGGAGGAGCAUCCUGCAGCACUCACAAUGGCAUCUCUGGAGAAAACCGCUGGCUGGACAGAGUCUGCAGGUGAUCAGGAGGCAAUCAUUAGAGAAAAACUGGACCAGAUCAUCGGUCGGUCUGUGGACAUCUCUGCUCUAACCGUACCUGACGCUGCGCUGCUUUCUGACCUGAAGGAGAUUGAGGACAAGCUGGAGGCUGGAAUGAGGACGAUCGCAGAACAAAGCAGAGAGGAGGACAGACGAGGGCCUGCAGCCACGCCCCAGCCAUCCCUCUCCCAGCCCAUGUAUCGUCUGGAGCAGCUCAGACAGCUGCUGGAUGAAGUUCAGUCAGCUGUCCUGGCUCUGCAUCGCCUCCUGGCCACCCUCCGAGAUAUCAAGGCUGAGAUUCCAGCCCUGCUGGCAAACCAGGACCCCAGCAGGCAUAAAUCUGAGCCGGACCAGGAGGAGGAGAGGCGUUCUUGGCAGAAGGCGGUGCAGAAGUUGAAACAUGCAGUGGAACAAUCCUGCGUGGUUGACGGUCGUUUACAGGCGGUGGGGGUGACGCUCAACAUGGAUGGUGCACCUGUGACCUGCCAGGAUGUGGUGAAAUCUGUUUCCCAGCUGGUGAUGGCAGCACCACACCGAGAGGAGCAGCUGGUGUUUCUGGGAAGAAUGAAAAUCCGGAAUUUAAGAGAUACACAAAAGACCGGGACAGAGUCGGCACAACAAAGUGUGGAGCGUUCCGGUUUGAGUGCAGUGGAGAAGUCCACUCUGGAGGCGGAAAGAAGGAAGCAGGUGGAAGUUUGUGCAACAAAAAUACAAGGAGAGGAAGAGACUCAAACAUGUAGCUCUGAGGCUGGCCUUCUAAAAAGUAGAAAUCCGAUCCAGAGGAGGAGCAGCAGCUGGAUUGGGAGGGAGCAUAAUGAGGGUAUGGCUCAGAGGAAAGACACCUUGUUAACAAAUCUGAGGGAGAUUAAAGGAGGUUCUGAGGAGCUGAGGCUGCAAGAACCUUCCCUGCCUGCUUUGCAGCACAGGACCCGCGUGUUGAUGGAGCUGGAGAGUGGUCUUGCGGUCCUGGUCUCUGAGAGGCAGCUCCUACGUGAUGCUUCUUCACAACCAGGAAGUGCUGAUGAGGAUCAGACCAGAGAGGUGGAGGAUCUCUGGCAGGAGGCGACGAAAUCUGUAACCGAACGGCUGGAGCAGUGUAAUACCCUAAUGGAGCUGCUGAAGAAGUUUCAGAAGAUGCACGGUGGGCUGAGUGCAACACUACAGAGGGCUGAGAGCACAGUCAGCGAACAAGCGUCCUACGUUGGGAGAGAUUACCUGCAGAGACUAAAACCUAGAGUGGAUGCAGCAAAAGCUGAGCUGAAUGAUCUUGGAGACGAUGUUGAGGAGAUUCGCAGCAUCUGCAGACAGCUUCAAUCCCUCCUGCGUCAGGUACCAGGCUGCACCGCCACGCCAUAUGAGAGGGAAGCCGAGGCUCUCAUGGAUCGCUGGCUUGAUUUAUCAGAACGUAUCGAUUCCCACCUUGAAAACCUCCAUCUGUGCUCGACUUUAUGGGACGGAGUUCUUCAGCUGGGGACAGAAGUGGAGGAUUGGACUGAUGCCAAACUAUCAGAGUUCACCCAGAAUCCGUGUUUACAGUCUGAGGACGACAUCAAGGCUUUGCAGAACGAGAUUAUGAUCCAAGAGGAAAGUGUUCAUCGUUUCCACCAGAGAGCUGCUGAGAUUCAGUCACUGCUUCAAAGCUCAGAGACCCCUCUGGAGCUGCAGGUGGUGGGAAGCCAGAUGAGACAGAAAAUAGAGCAGCUAAAGGAGGUUUUGGCUGAAGCCGAGGAUGUUUAUAAGCAGACGGUGGCCACUAAAGGACAAAUUCAUGGGAGGAUAACGGAGUGUCUGAACUCUCUACAGAAGAUUCAAGACUCCCUCCGCUCCCUUGCCGGCCCAGAUGUUGCAUCUGUUCUAGCUAAACUUAAGGAGUUAUGUCUGCAGCUGCACACUCAGGACGAGCAGUCGCAGAGCUUGCUGGAGGACGUGAACGUUUUAGCCUCCGUAAUCGGUCCUGUGGGCCUCCAGAAUCUGUCGGUCAGCAGGAAUCAGCCGGAGGAGAGCGUUCGGAACACCCAUCAGCUCUUGUCUGAGGUGGAGGAACAGACUCAGAAAAGCGUCCUGGAUCUAGACAGGCUGCAAACGGAGAGAGAACAUCUGGAAAAAUGGUUUCAUGCAGCUGAGGAAAAGGUGUUGAAGGGGGAGGAGCUCAGUGUCCUGCAGGAGGAAGCAUCUCAACAAAGUGUGAGGUCAGACCUCAUUGCUCAGCUUGUGUUGUCCCUCAGGAGCAGCAGCCUUCAUCAGCUGGAGCUACUGGAGCAGAGCUGCAAACUGCUGGGACAAUACCACAACUUUCACUCACACAUACAAGGUGGCUCAGAGGCGGGGCAUCGCUCCGUGAACGCGGAUUUGGAGGAGUUUCAGCUUUUGUCUAAAUCCGUGCAAUCGUGGAUGGAAGACUUGAGAGGAGUUGUUGAAAGCAGCGGAUCCCAGAGUCCGGUAGAGCAGAGACUUCACUCUGCCCAAGUUGUAUUAACCGUGACAGCAGAGUGGGAGGCUCGCCUGGAAAAACUCAGAGUUUCUGGAAACCGUCUGAAACGAAAACUUCACAGAGAUGUCCUGAACCUGGAUGUUCAGGGGACUAUCCAGAAAGCAGAAGAUCAGUGGAGGAGCCUCUUCCAGUCAGUUCAGCCCUGUUACAGGGUGCUGCAAGAUGAACCAGAGCUCGUCUCUGCCUACCUGGCAAAUAGAGAGGAUGCUCACCUCAGACUCAAACAGCUGCAGCACCAAGCUGAGCAGCUUCCUGCUUCCUUCUCCUGGCCUGGUGCAGCUGAACGUGCAAAAGCCUGCCACCGUGCCCAUCAGCUUCUGGAAGAAUCCAAGUCACUCCAGUUGACCUUUACUGGCCUGGAUGAGAAGAGGAUGGAGCUGCAGGAAAAAACCAGCAGCAUCAUCUGGAAGGAUUCCUCCUGGGCUGAUUUAGACCGCCGCUGGUCGGCGCUGACGGGAAAGCUGGAGUGUUUGCAUUCCCGCCUGGAGGAAGGUCUGAGUAAUGAGGAACACUUCAGCCAGUUGCUGCCGGACUGCCACCAUAAUUUGACAUCCCUGCAGGAGAUGAUGUCUGUUUGUCAAGCCCGAAAAGACGAAUCAGAUGAACUGAACACUGAUGUAGCAGCUCUGGAGCUUUUGCUAAAAGACACCGAAAAAGAUCUUUCACAGCUGGAAACCCUCAGGGACUCCCUCACAACCAGUUGCACCGCUGAAGCCCGAGCCAGCCUUUCUGAGAAUGUUGGUGAACUCCAAAACCACAAGAGGGCGAUGGAGAGCAGCAUCUACAAGCAGCUACAAGCAGCACAGCUGAUGGAGAAUCCGAUAAUCCAGCAAGUUGGAGAAGAAGCCUCCCGUUUACAGACGGAACUAAGAGGUCUCGUAGGGAAUCUGUCUGGAAUGAUGUCGCCAGAUAUCAGCCAGCUGACCCAGCAGUGGUGUCUGGUACAGGACUGGGAUAAAAGGAUGACAGAGUUGGCUGCCAGAGUGAAUGACCUGCAGAGGAGGAGGAGUUUAAAUGUGGGGCUGGCUUAUGAGGAGCUCAACAGACUGAGCUCAGUUUUGUUGCAAAUGAAGCGGGAAUGUGCAGAAACUGCUGCAGAGACCGUGAGAGGAAUCAUUAACCAGCUGCAGCAAUGGAGACGAACGCCACAGGCCGAUCUGGGUGAAGGUUUCCUCCUCCAACAAGCACUUUGUGAAGUUCUGUCCAAACAAAACGUUCUCAUAAAUUGUUUUGGAGCAGAAGUGACGAAAACUCUGGUAAAAAGUGCUUCAGAUGCUCUCAUCGAGAGUCAACCUUCACUCAAUUUACCUGAAUACCCGGUUGGUCACGUUCACAGUCGAGUGCAAAUAGAAUCACCAAACAGAAGAGCUGAAGACAGUUUAAGAAAUGAAGAUAAAACUAUAUUUGGUGAAAGAAAAAGCCCAAGUUCCUCUGCGUCUGCCGUAGCGGACAGAAAUAAGGAAGCAGACCAGGAUCACGACAACCACAAUGUUCCUAAAGGAGUUUUAAAAAAGCAUCUUCCCCCUUCAGGAGCAACAGCCGAGGGAGCUGGUGCUGGAAAACAGAAUCUAGCAAACAUUUUAAACCAGAAAGACGUUUCUGAUGCAGAGAGCUUAAUCAAAAUGAACAAAGAUGAUGCCUCGAUGCCCAUUCAGGCCCUGUGUUCAGAAGAUCCAGAUGAUUUAGAAUCAAUAACUCCAUCAGCUUCACAAGAAAUGGACCUCAAGCUUCGUCUUGGAUCAACAGAUGAUGAUGAUGAUGAUGGAGGUAAAUCAUGCUCCGACACUCAAAGCGGCGUGCAUGGGAAGAUUUCUGACCAUAGGUCUGAGUCUGCAACACAACCACCCAUUCCAACUCCUCACAUUCCAGAACAUCCCAACACACUCGGGGUCCUAGAUGAUCAAGAACAGGAAAAACGUUACGAAACCACAAAGAGAGCUUUUAAAGUUGAGUUGGACUCACUGAAAUACACGGAUCCGAACGGUCUGUGUGUGCUGCAAUGUUCUCGGGGAGUGGAGAGCUGUGAUCCUGCACAAUCAUCUGGGCUCUUCUCAGCAUCAGUCAAUCCAGAAUCAGGCCAAUCUGACUGGAAACGCUGCAAUCCGGCCGCAGUGUCAGCGAAAAUCAAAGAAGGGACGGAUGGGGAAGUCGGAGAAUCAGAUAAAGUAUUUACUGUGGUGCUGGAGCUGCAGGUGUGUGAUGUGGAGCAAAGGGGGGGUGCUGAGGCUGGCAGGUCUGAUGUUUGCAGGUGGUCACAUAAAGCUGAGCUUCAUGCUGAAAAGCUGCAGAACUCCUUGGUGUUGGCAAACACAGACAUGGAGGGGGUGAAAGAGAAGCACACGACCCAUGAAUUAAAGCCCGAUGAGUCGAUGAGCUCUGCUGGUGCAUGCCUCCACAGCGUUAGACCUUCAGCUGAAAGUUUGUCAGAUUUCUGUUUAUCUGAGGGACAAACGGACACCUCCGUCCUUUCUACCUCUAACGAGUCUAGACAAACACAAGAAGACGCAGCUGACGCUAAACAGAACACAGGUCCGGCAGGUGAGGAGAGGACCCGUGGAACUCCAGCAGGACAGGAAGCAGCACCACUGAUGAAUGAUGAUGAACAGAAGAGACAUGGAGCGCUGCAGGGAACGCUGUUGCCACGGGAACGGGCUCUGAUCCAGGGAAGCAUGGAGCCUGAGAGGACGACGCCGAGUUCACCAGAUGAUCUGAGAGCUGCAGGUGGCUCCUUCAAACACACUUUCACCAUGGAGGAUCUCUUAUCUGAUGUUCAGGGCUUGGUGGAAAGAAGCAGCAUUAUAAAUAGAACCUCUCAUGCUGAUUUAAACUGGUACCUGAAGUCCUCUCCCAGUGACGCCGACGUUGGAUUAGCUCGGACUGUCCAACACAUUUUAGCCUGUCGGUAUCAACCUGCUCAACUCCACGUAGCUUCCAUGGUUAAACAGCUGAAGGAAGCCCAGGAGUACAAGUGCUGUGUCCAGGACCAGGUGGCCACCAUGGAAAGUUAUAAAGAGACAGUAUCGGACCAAUGGAGGGCCGCUCUGCUGGAGGCUUCUGCCACGGUGCAGGUGAAGGCAGCACAACUGGAUCAGGUGAAAAAGUAUCACCUCCAGAUGAGAAUCACCAGGGCUUUCCUGGAGGUCGUAGCAGCCAAGAAGGCAAAAAUGAGUUUAGAGUCUUUGGGAUACAGCGCCCUUCUAGCUGAACAUCUUCAUGCACUUUUUCAAGCUAUGGAGCAAAAGAAAUCAACGCUAGAAGAUCUGCACCGCUUAAGUGGCCGACUUUCAGUCCACCUGAGUGACGCUGAGAGUUCAGGAGCUCUCCUGGCUCAGAUCGGGGAUCUCCAGGAAGAGUGGAGGCUUCUGAAAGGGAGCAUCAAAAGAGCUCUUCAAGACGCAUCAAACUCUACAUCUCAAUCUUCGCUUGUUUUAGAAGAAGCUAAACAGCUUAAAGACCGACUCGAAGCUUUUCUGGAGUCUGAAAAUGAAAACUUAAGUUCUUUAGAGUUAGUUUGUCUGACCACAGACUUAAAACUGUACAACCAGCUUUACUUACGUUUGCAGUCCCAAUCAAAAGCUCUCGUUAGUUUCUCUCUGGGUCCCAAAGAGAAGGAUGAGAUUCAAAGGAACCUUCAAAAAUUGGGAUCCUUACUUGGUGUCUCUAAGAAGAAGCUUGAGUCUUUGAAGCAAAGCUGUGGGAAUGUUUCUUCACGUCCGAUAGAGAAGCAGCUUCAAGAACUGACUGUGUGGGCCAAAGAGGCUGAAAACCUUAUUUCUACUGGGCAAAAGUUAGCUCUGUUCCCUGAGGAGGCUCAAAUCCAGAUCGCUGAAAUGAGGAAAUCCCAAACUGAUAUUUUAUCUAGACGAGCCAAGAUGCACUUACAAGUUGAAGAGAUGACAAGUGACCUCACCGAUAUAGAAACUGAAGAUGGGGAAGUACUGAAGACCGUUGAAGAUUUGUACGAAACUAUCGCUGACAGUUUGGAUCAAAUCGUUGAGUCCAUGAAGAGAAAGCUCGGUGAAAGAGAAACACUUUUGGAUGAGUUUGCUCGCCUGGACGUUUGGCUAGCUGAAACUCAUGCUAAAAGAGAGCCCUGCACGCACACAGAGAAUGUUUCCAACACUGACAUCAGUGAACUCAGAAGUGAGCUGAAAAGCCACAGACUGGUCACUGAGGAGAUACAACACCAGCUAAAACUGGUGGACACUUUGUCAGAAAGCUGCACAAAAAUAUCCACAGAGCUGAGUCCAGGAGAGAGCCGCUACCUAGUCAACCGGCUCUCGGGCCUGUGGACAGAUCUAGACGGACUGCUAGCACACAGGAAAGCCACAAUUUGGGAAUUAGAGGAGCUGAUUCAUGAGCGAACCUAUUCAGAUGACGAGUUUUCUACUAUACAGGCCAGCUUAAAGCGAAUUUCAGCUGAUUUAGGACAACAGAAGUUCCCUUUGAUUCAAGAAACAUCUUCAAGUGCACAUUUGAAGCUAAUGGAGCAUCAGUGUCAAGCUCAAGAGCUUCAGCAUUGCAAAGAAGACGAGCGAAAUUCCUUGCUGUCUUCCAUCAGUGAACUGCAAGACCGGUGCAGAGCGCUCAGAAUAAAAGCCGUUGAGCAAGAGAAAUAUUUACUCCUCAUGAAACAAGUGGAGGAAUCGGUGGAAGUUGCCAAAAGGAAAAUCUUGGAUGCUAAAAAUGAAACGACCAGUGUAGAUGAGAAGUUUAGAUUGUGCCAAACUCUCCUGGUUGAACUUCCUUUGCUCAAGACGCGAUGUAAAGACGCAGCACAUCAACUGGACUCCAUAGCUCUGGACUUGCAUCCAUCUGAGCUUAAUCCAGAAAAAGAGAAGAUUCGUCUCACAGCGGAGACUCUGACCUCCUGGGAGCGUUCAGUCACAGACGACAUCAAAGCCCUGGAGGCCGAGCUUCUGUCGGGUCUGCGGUUUUACUCUGAGCUUCCUGCCUUCACAGCUCUGCUACGAAGAACAAAGGAAGAACUAGGCAGAGGGAAACCAGUCCAUCCCAGUGGGAACACCAUUGAUGUCACUCUGCAGAAGUACUGUGUCAAAUGCAGAAACAUAGAAUCAGGGUUCCGACUUUUGGAGGGUGUGGCGCAGAAAGAAAAUGUAGACUUGAGAAACUACAAGGACUUGUUUCGUCUUAGAGACGAAGCCAUGGAAGAGUGCCACUCGUGGAUGGGCAGCCUUUCUGAAGCUGCAGACUCCUUAAAAGACUAUGAAUGGGCAGCUCAGAGCGCAUUAACCUUCCUUAAAAAUGCAGAAGCGACCUUCUUAUCGGCUCCAGGCGGGUUCCCCAACUGCACCGAGGAACAAAAACGGAUCCAACAGGCUUUAAAAGACCUUGAAGAUGGGCUAGAGUCCCAUAUUUGCCACCUUGCAGACAGAGUUCCCCAGCAGCGCUGCCUCUCUGCAUCAGAAACUGAAGUCCUUCACAUCACCGUCCUCAGCCAGCUGCUGGUUGGAAGAGCUGCACUGGAGGCUCAGGCACAGCUCAGACUGGAGAGCCUGCAGAGAUGUGAAAUGAGGCAAGAAAGCCACAUAAAAAGUUAUGAAGAUGUUCGGCUGCGAGUUUCAGAGUUUGAAGUUAGGCUUUCAGAGUUGGCCUCUGAACACAAGACGUCGUACGAUGAGUGCCUCGCCCAACAGAGGAGCGCCACGCUUCUGCUGGAAGAUCUUCGUGGCCUCGUAGAGAAGAUGGAGGAUCUGAGAGCUGGAUGUCCGAUGCAGGGUUGUGGGGUUGUAAAGGGUGGCAAGCUUGGCGCCCUCUGGAGGCGAUGGGCGUCAUUACGGAGAGGCGCAGGUCUCCUGGUGGCACACUUGGAACAGAAGGCAGAGGAAUGGAAGGACAUCACUACAAGUUUGGAGCAGUGUUGCAGCCACCUUUCCAGCCUUCAGGCCGAGGUUCCGGACUCCUCCACUGUUGAGGACUCCCUGGAGCUUCUUGCCCAGACUGAGAUGCAUCAGGCAGGCUUGGAGCAGGGGCAACGAGCCUUGAUGUCACUGGAGCGUCGAUUAGAGCAUGCUCUGAACAUAUCAGCCUCCCGUGGUCUGAUCGACCCCGGACCUGCUGGCAAAGCCCUGAUGAAGAUCCAGGAGGACGUGAGGAGCCUGAUGGAGAGAAACCUGCUGCUGGUUGCUGCAGUCAAAGCAGAAGAAGAAGAGAGAUGGCAUUUCCAGGAAGAAAUGGAACAAGUGGAGAAAUGCCUGUUUGCUAUUUUACCAGAACUGGAAGCGUGUUCAGAUCCGAGCAAAAGACAGGAGCUCCAACAUGAUUUUUGCUUCCUGAAAAGCAAACUUGAGUCGAUUAUGGACAGCCUGCAGGGCAAAUAUGCAGAAAUUCCCGCUGAUAUCAGGAGGCAGAUGCAACAAGCUGAGCGGUCUCUGCAGAAAACCGAAGAAAUGCUCUUGGAGAGACAUGACCCGUUUAGGAAACUCGGUAGUCAAGUGAACGAGCUGGGUUCUGGUAUGGGGAGAGUUGAAUCCUUGCUGGCGCAGAGAAGUCCAACCCUCACCGAUGCUCAGAAUGUGCUCAAGAGGGUGUGGGACGAGCUGGAUGCUUGGCACAGCAGCUUGAUGCUCCUGGAAAGUGAAGUCCAAGACCUGGCAGAGGACCGACCGAAUGAAGCCCAGCUCCUCGUGGACCAGCUGACGGAACCACAGCAGCUGUACCAAAAAGCAGCGCGGAAGGCCGAGGAGCGCACCACCUUCCUCAGCGAGAUCCCUGCCUGUCUCCAGGAGUUUGACGAUAUUGUCCAUAGAGCCUCCUGCUGGUUGGAGGAAGCCCAGUCGUGGCUCCGAUCCCCCUGCUACUUCACAGCAGCCAGAAGUUUCUGUGCUCGUGCAAAGCAGUUACAGCUGGUUCUGGAUGACUCUGAGACGAUCAGGCACGCCCUGCUGAAGUUUAGGCCGGUGCUGGCUGAGAUGUCAGCGGUGUGUGACUUCAGCGUCCAAGAGGAGAGGCUGGACCAGACUGACCAGGAUGUCCACGACAUGCAGAAGUGCAUCGUUAAGCCUCUGGAGCUGGUCCUGCAGGCUGUUGCAGUGGUGGAGGAUAUUGAGGAGGACAUGAAGAAGAUGGAAGACGACAUUACUAACAUGACUAUGUUCUUGUCGACGGACCUCAUGGACGCAACAUUAGUGGAACAUCUCCACAGUCGACAGGUGAUCCUGAUUAAUGUGAAGUCAAUGCAGAGGAGAUUAAAGAACAUGGAGAGAGCUCAAAAGGAGCUCCAGCUCCCAGAAGGAUCAGAGCAUCUUCAGGUCUUCUCCAGAGCCAGGGAGCUCCUUCAGCAUCUGGAGGAGCUGGAACAAGCCACCAAAGAGCAAAUCUCACAGCUGGAGAGCAAGAAAAGAGAGGAAGACGAGGGUUUUCUCCAAACUUCAGUCUCUAAUUCUCCUGAAGGAACGUCAUGGAGGAACUUUAUCCGGGAGGCCCUUGAGGUGUCUUAUUCGGAGGAAGAGGAGGAUGAAGAGGAAGAGCGUUGUCACUCUUCUUCCUCCGACACACUAACAUGCAGUGUUCCAGAGGACCUAGAGGAGACGGUCCGCCUUCCUGAUGUGCCGAGUGAAGAUGUGGAUGAACGGAAGCUGCUCACACACAUCAGAAAGCCAGAAAGUCACGAGUUAUCUUUGGGAGAAGAGCCAGAGUCCACCACAUCUGUAGAGUCAGAUCACAACUUUGGAUCUAAAUCUAAUGAAACUGAAUUAUUCAAAAUGGACUCAGAAGAAGAUAAUCGCCACACCUUUAGUCCUGGAACAGCGACAGACGUGCAGCUUAAAGCUGCUGCUGCUCCUGACCUGCACAAGUCUCCAAAGCAGGAAACGGUCAACACGGCCUUAAAGUUCCCUUUGCUGGAGGAGAUGAGGCUGAUGCCUCCAAGACCUAGAACUCCUUUCUCUGUUGCAGAAGCUUCAGAUGAGCUCCCAGAAGAGGAGAUUCCUCUUUCAUAUCUGAAUGCCUCCUGUCAGCUGGAAGGGUCUGUGAAGCUUCCUGGAGCUGCAACCAGCUCCGCCGAGCACGAAGACGACGACACAAAGAGCCAACGUUGGCGUCGACUUCAUGUCCUGGUCGCACAGAAACUGAACGCUUUGAGAGGCGUUCUGGAGGAGCAGCAGGAAGAUGCAGGAAACGAUGAAAAGGUUGAAGAAAAGAAGCUGCUGAUGUCGGCGGGUUCUGCUUCUGGAAUUCUGCAGCAAGUCGAAGAAUCCAUUAUGAUGCUAAGACAAAUGGUGAAGAGUUCAGGUGGUUCACAUCCUGACAUGGAGGGUUUGUGUGAGACUUUAUGGGGAGUCCUCCUCUCUUUGGACCCUUCUACCAGCUCGGCUCAUGGUGGAGAAGAUCAGGACGAUCCUCACCUGAAGCUGCUCAAACAGGAGUGUCUGUCAGCCCAGUUGAUGACGUUGACCGAGCUGGUGGGUGAACUGGAGUCAGAGAUCAGGCCUGUGCAUCUGACAGAAGAUCCAGAUGCUCACAGAUGUUUGACCGGCCUGCAGGAUUGUCUUCAUUCAGUCCAGCUUGUCCUAAUGUCCUCUCACAAACAUCCAGGCCUACAAAAUCAACAUCAGGAGCUUUCCUCCAACCUGCUGCUUCUGCUGGACCAGUGUGAAACAGGACCAAAUGACCUCUUCCUAAGUCUGAAGAACGCUCCUAGUUUAGAGGACGCUCUGAGCAGACAUCUGAGGAACGGUUCAGGGGAAAAACUCCAGCUACAAAACGCCUCUCAGUCGUUGCUUCGGGGGAUGGCUCGACUUCUGCAGCUGGGCGAUGAAUGCUUAAUAGAAAGACGGAUGGGCCCGGUUCCCAACCGCAGCAGACUUCAAGCUGCUCUCUGCAGACACCAGAAACUCCUGCAGGUUCUCCGGUCCCAGCUGGCUUUUCUUCAGUAUCUAUUCCAACAUGAACCCAAUGGCCUCCAGGGUCAAGAAGAUGAAUGGAUGCAGCUGGAAGUCCGGGCUAAAGCUCGGCAGCAGCAGGCUCUAGAGCAGGAAGUGGCUUCUGAGAAGAGGAUCCAGGAAUGGAUCUGCUGGGAGAGUCUUUGUGCUCGACUGGGUCGGGUGUUGGAUGAGUCUGAAACCAUUAUUAGCAGAGGAGAGCCGGAGGGAGAUGAUGAUGAUGAUGAUGAUGAAGAGUCGGUCCAGUGCAGGCUGGAUACCUGUGAGCUGACGCUCCUCCGGAUGGACCAGAGCAGAGUCCUGCGGGGAGAGUUCCUGGAUCAGAGGGAGCUGCUGCAGGCAGAACCUUGGUUCCUCGUCUCGGUCAGUCAGGCAGGUGGCGCUCUGGAGCUGCGAUGGAGAAGCUCCUACAGGCAGCUGGAGAAAGAGAUCAAACGGCUCAGAGACCUCCAGGACAGCAGGACCAGAUUCCAGUCUGACUUCUCUUUGGUCAGUGAGCGUCUGCUCGGUGCCAGCCAACACCUGAAGACUUUGUCAAGCCUGGCAGAUUCCUCUGAUCUAAGUCAUGAUGGCGUUCAGAGCAGUUUGGUGAAGCUGCUGGACAUCUCCAUGGAGCUGGAGGCUGCAUCAGCGCUCAGAGAGUCCGUAUCGAAGGACGCCGCGCCGCUUCUCCACCUGAGACGAGCUGAUUGUCUCAAAUUGAGAACUCUGCUCUCUCAGUUAGACGCCAGCUGCAGCCAGAUGACCUCUGACCUGUCCCAGAUUCAGGACCGUCUCCAGCAGGGUCUGCUGGUUCUGCAGCCGCCGCUCAAGCUGUUGUCUGAACUGGAAAACUGGCUGAAAAAAGUCGAGUCUGAGAUUAACCGGGGGAGAGAACGGGUCCGGGAGGCCAAAAGUGCUGCACAUUUUGCAGAAAUCCUGCAGAAAUAUCAGGUUUUGAGGACAGCUGUGGCCAACGUGCAACACCUCCUUGAUUUCAUGUCGCAGCCUGGACCUCAGAUGGCAGCAGCAGACCUCCAGGCUCCCGGCUCGGAGCGCUCCACGUUUGCAGAGGGUCUCGGGAAUGCCCGAUUAGAGUGGCUGCUCCUUCAAAGGGAGCUGGAGACACGGAUUCGUGAUGUUGAGCACAUCCAUCACGCUUGUGCAGAGCGAGAGGCACAUCUGCAGAGACUUCACGGCUGGAUGGAGGAGCAGAGAAAGCAGCUGCAUGAGUGGAAACGGCCCACCAGUCAAACUCUGGCUCAGAAGACUCUUCUGGAGUGGGAGGCUGUUGAUGGCAGAGUGAAGGAGGUUUCUGCAGCUCUGAAGGAGUUGAGAGAAACACGAGUUUAUUACAAGAACAGUGAAAAGCACCCGAGUGAUGUGGCCUUCGCUGAGCGAACAGCGUGCGUUAGUCAGGCCUGUGUGGAUCUCAGUAAACAGAUGGAAGCUCUCAGACCAGCUCUUCAGGAGGUGGUGGAGGAGUGGACUUUGUUCCGAAGAGCUCUGGGGGAUGUUGCUCUGUUUGCCACCAGGGUGCGCUGUGCCCUGCAGCGCCAGAGAGCUCCUUUCUUCUCACUGAAGCAGGCUGAGGGAUGCUCAGGCUUCCUCCAGGAGCUGCAGGUGAAGGUGGAAGCAGAGCAAGAGCAGCUUUGGACCGCUGUGGAAGAAUCCUAUCGGAGGCUGCUGGAGACGCUCCACGAAGGAACGGCUCAGGCGCUCGGUCAAAAGGUGGAAGAAGAGCGGAAGCGCUGGAAAGAAACUGUGCAACAAGUAAAAGACGAGCGCAUAAAGACCGGCGAGAUCUUCUCCCUCUGGAAGGAAUACAGCCAGCUUUCAGACGGUUGCUCUCGCCACCUGCAGCACCUGUGGCACGAGUGGGAGGAGUCAUCGGGCUCUUCACCUGAGAAAGACCCGCAAGCCCUUGUUUCUUCUCUCAAGAAGUUACAAGGUGCUGCAGAAGAGCUGCAAAGCGGCGUGGGAGGUGUACAGGCAGCAUCAAAGCAUCUCAUUGGACGUCUCGAACCGCUGGCUGCAGGUUUAAUCCAAUCAGAAACCAGGCUGCUGACGCGUGACGUCCUGCUGCUGAACCAGGCGAUAUCAGGGAAAACGGGAAGGGUUCAGGAGGAUUUGGAACAACAAAAACAUUUUCAAACUCAAGCGGAUGCUGUUGAGGAACAGAUGAGGAAGCUGCUGGACAAACUCCAGGCCGACAUGCCGGAAACCGACUCUGGCAAGCAGGUUCUUUCAGAGCUCAGUCAUCUGGUACCAUUACUAGUUUAUAUUAGGGAGACGAGUGGCGUCGUUACCCUUAACAACCGGGAAGUAGAGAGGGUCCAGUCGCUCUGCAGGCAGUGGGUGGAAAGCAUGAAACGAGCAUCAGACAGAAACAGACAUGUUCACGAUGAGCUUCAGCCCACCCAUGACUUCCAGGAGAAGUGUGAGGAACUGAAAUGGAUCCAGGAGAAGCUGGAGCGAGAGUCUGUGUGCAGAAGGCCUCAGAGUUACUCCGACCUUCUGGAGAUGCUUCCUGUGCAGCAGAGGCUGCAGGCUGAGAUCAUCACUGGGAACCAGGUGAUGCAGGAUCUUCUCUGUGAGGCCGUCCGGUCCAUGGAGAAGGAAACCGGAGAGAAAAGAUCUGAAAUCAUGAUGCAGGCAGCCUGUAUGAAGAGAAGCUGGUUCGGUUCUUUGGCUGUGACCUACCAGAACUGGAUCUCCACGAAGAACCAGCUGCAACAGUGGGGACUCUACCGUCGUGGUUUGAAAUGUCUGACGAAGCUUUUGGGGGCCGUGGGCUCUCUUCUGCCUCCCACAGGACCCUCUCAGUACACGCUGCACCAGCAGCAGAGCUGCAUGCCUCUGUACCAGUGUGUUGAAGACUUGCUGAAUCUGCACUCCGGUGUGCACGCCCAGACCGUAGAAGGUGGCAAACGCUUGUGUGAAACCAUGACAGAGUCGGAAGGUCAGAGCCGGCUGCUGAUGGAGCUUCGGGAUGUAGAAGAGGCCUGGAAGCAAACCAGCGAAGAGCUAAAGACAAAUAAAAAUCUGAUUUUUACUGCUGUGCAGAUGUGGGCUCGGUGUCAGGGAGCGAUGAGCAGCAUCCAGUCUCAGCUGGAUGCGGUCAGGCAGCAGCUCACCGGGAGGCCAGGAGGAUCUGAAGAGGAGACGCUGAUCCAGGAGACCGCGCUCUCUCUGCAGCGUUUGGCCACUGGACUGGAGGAACUGGCCACCAUGAAGACGGACCUGUCCCAGUACGUGGCGGCCAGCGACUCGGCUCUGCUGGAGCAGCAGCUGGAGCAGCUCCACUGUCAGUGGGAAGAGUUGUGCAUGAAGGUAUCUUUACGCAGGCAGGAGAUCGCCGACCGCCUCAACGCGUGGACUAUCUUCAACGACAAGAACAAAGAGUUCUGUGAUUGGCUGACUCAGAUGGAGAACAAGGUGUGCCAGAGCGGAGAUCUGAGCAUCGAGGAGAGGGUGGAGAAGCUGAAGAAGGACUGUAUGGAGGAAAUCAACUUGUUCAGCGAGAACAAGAGCCACCUGAUGCAGCUGGGAGAGCAGCUGCUGUUGGCCAGCGACGAGGCCAAGCAGGGCCAGGUCCGCGGGUCGCUGCAGGAAGUAAGUCAGCGAUGGCGCAACCUCUUUCACCACGUCGAGUCCAGAGUGAAGAAGCUGAAGGAGACUCUGGCGACGGUGCAGCAGCUGGAUAAGAACAUGAGUAACCUGCGCUCAUGGCUGUCCCGCGUGGAGGCCGAGCUGUCCAGACCCAUCACCUACAGCGUCUGUCACGAACAGGAAAUCCAGAGGAGGCUGGCUGAACACCAGGAGCUGCAGAGAGACAUCGAGCAGCAUACACAAGGUGUUGCGUCGGUGCUUAGUCUGUGUGACGCUCUGCUGCGGGAUGAAGAUGCUGCUGGUGGGUCUGAGGCGGAGGGCGACUCCCUGCAAGAAACCAGCCGCAGUUUGGACCAGCGAUGGAGGACCAUCUGUGCCAUGGCUCUGGACAGAAGACUCCAGAUCGAGGAGACUUGGACCCUCUGGUGCAGAUUCCUCAACGACUACUCCCGCUUCGAGGAUUGGCUCAAGAUGGCUGAGAGAACUGCUGCCAACCCCAACUCCGCAGACGUCCUCUUCUCUGUCGCCAAGGAGGAACUCAAGAAGUUUGAGAGUUUGCAGAGACAGGUUCAUGAGCGCCUGACUCAGUUGGAGCUAGUUAAUAACCAGUACCGCCGCCUGGCCCGGGAGAACCGCACAGACAGAGCCAGCCACCUCAAAGCCAUGGUCAGUGAAGGGAACCGGCGCUGGGACACCCUGCACCACAGAGUGACCGCCAUCCUGCACAGACUCAAGCCCUGCCUUUUCUUACCGUCCCCUGUCCCUCAGUAUUUUACCAGCCAGAGGGAGGAAUUCGAGAGCACCAGGGAGAGCAUGCUAGUGUGGCUGACAGAGCUGGACCUGCAGCUCACCAACGUGGAACAUUUCUCAGAGAGCGACGUCCAUCAAAAGAUCCAACAGCUCAAUAGUUUCCAGAAGGAGAUCACCCUGAACACGGAGCGCAUUGACAGCUUGAUAGUGUUUGGAGAGGGUCUGAUCCAGAAGAGUUCACCGCAGGACGCGGCGCUGAUAGAGGAUGAGCUGGAAGAGCUGCACUCGUAUUGUCAGGAGGUUUUCAGCAGGCUGGUCCGAUUCCACCAGCGCCUCAGCCAGCCCCCAAUGAUCACAGAGGAACCUGAGCUGACCUUUUCUCUGGAGACCAGCUUGGAGCUGAUUGAACGACCAUGGCUGGGGAGGAGCCAAGGAAGCCUCCCUGCUACACCCACUCACCUGCUGAACUCCCCUCUGGAGCGUUCUGGUCAGGAGACUCCUGUGAGCGUUGACUCUCUCCCUCUGGAGUGGGACCACACGGUAGACGUGGGGGGCUCGUCACAUGAGGACGAUGAGGAAGAGGAGGAGCAAGACGAGGGCGCCUACUUCAGUGCACUAUCAGUUUCAAGCGGGUCCCGGUCUCUUCAUGACUAUCCCAUCUGGAGGUCACCAGAAGACCCAGAGGAUCAGGUGGACUCGAAGGGACACCCUGAGGCCACUCCCACCCUUACCAGCACUCCCCUAAAGCAGAGCUAUCUGUGCCUCACGUCCCAGUGCAGCGGCAGCAUCGAGAACAUCAAGAGAGUCUCUCUGAUCCUGGACGACGAGCAGCAGCAGCAGGAGAUGGGUCUGACGGAACUGAGCGCCGCAGACAGACAGUCAGGUGUGAUUGAACGCUGGGAGCUGCUCCGUGCUCGGUCCAGGUGCGGUCAGCAGGAGGAGCCUCAGCUGCUCACAGUUGGUCUGGAUGACAUCACUUCCUGGUUGGAGAUUGUGAUUCCUGAAUUGGACCGCCUCCUGCAGUCUGACCCAGUAACCAGUAUAGAGGACAUGGAGGGCCGAGCCAAAGAGCUGAAGGAGCUGGAGAAACAGUUUUCUCACCACAAGUCCAUCAUGCUGACUGCCAACCUGCAGGCCAGAGAUUGUCCUGAUUUACAGGAGAAACUGGUGGGAAUGAACCGAGGCUGGAGCAGAGCUUGUACUGGACUCCAGCGGUGGGACAGCAGCCUGAGGAGGAAACUGACUCGCUGCCAAGAGUUCCACGAGCAGCUGCACUCUCUGCUGCUGUGGUUGGCUCACGCAGAGAGCCGAUGCCGCAGCGUGGACGUAAACCUCCCAGGAGCGAGCGCUGGCGCGCUGCAGCGACACACCACCACACUAACUGAGCUGCAAGAGGAGCUGUGCAUCAGGGGGACCCAGCACUCCUCGCUGCAGGCGCUGUGGUCUCAGCUGCAGCCUGAAGCAGCUGCUGACAGCGAUGAAGCUCAGGAGAAGAUCCAUGUAACGGGAAAAAAGCUGAAGCAGCUGGUGAAGCAGGUGGACCUGGACCUCCACGUCCUGCAGCAGCGGCUGGAUUCAGCAGCUGACCUGCCCCAGGAGGCUUCACAGAAAGGAUCUACUCAAAGGGAGCUGAAAGCAUCCUCCCCACCUCCAUCCUUCUUCUACCGCCUCCUGCGGGCGGUUGUCCCCCUGCAGCUCCUGUUCCUCCUCCUGCUGCUCCUCCCCUGCCUGAUCCCUCUAUCGGAGAGCGAUCACAGCUGCACAGUGACCAACAACUUUGGACGGUCCUUCUACCCCAUGCUCCGCUACACCAACGGGCCCCCACCCACAUGACCUGCAGCGAUGAGAAAAACAAACUGCUCUGGUAUUUUCCUGUGGCUUAGCAGCGUUUUCAUGUACAGUUUUCUAGUAAUAAAUUAUGAUCUCACCUGGA